AUGGGAUCAAAUUCAACUAAAGACACUGAUAUACAAAAACAAUGUUAUGAUUCUGAUAUAAUAUCAGAUAUAUCUAAGCUUUUAUCUAAUAAUUCAAAUCAUUCUUAUUCUUCUAUUGUUCAUGAUACCAACAGUAAAAAUAGUAAUUCCUCAUUGGAAUCAACUACUUCUUUUCAAACAAUCCCUGAUACUCAAUCACAGACUAACCUAAUAAAUACUCAUAAUAAUAUUCAUAAUAAUAAUGAUAAUAAUAAUAAUACCGCUUCUCCUUCUCCUUUUCCUUCUUCUUCUUCUUCUUCUUCUUCUUCUUCUUCUUCUUCUCCCUCUCCUAGUAGUAAUAUUACCACUACAACUACAACUACAAAUUUAAAUACUGUUGAUUCUAAUCUUGAUGAAGAUACAAAUGUUCAAAGAAUGAUCCAUACAAAAAUCUUACAGAAGGAUAAUCCAUUUCUUAAUAAUUCUAACUCAAAUCUUUUAAUAAAAACAAAAAACCAAAACCAAAAUCAAACUCAAAAUAACAAUCUUUCACAAAUUUUUACAAUGGCUACUGAAAAAAUUUAUAAGAUCAAAAAUCCUAAUGGUGAAUAUUUAAAAAAAGAUACACAAGAAAAUACUACCAUGACUAAUACUGAUACUGCUAUCAAUGAUUUUGAUAUCACCAAAAAUGAUCACAAAAUACUGACUUUCCAAAAAAAAUCUCAUAAUAAUAUAAAUUCAAAUGGUUUAAAACAUACCAAUAUCACUAACAAUAAACCCAAGAUUAUCAUUUCUGAAACUAUUAAUGUAUCAGAGGGACAAGGCAGAAACUAUAUCGCUUAUAACAUAAUAUACAAGUCUAAUUCUGUUAGAAGACGGUAUAGUGACUUUGACAGUCUAAGAAACCUUCUAAUAAGAUUAUUUCCAACAACUUUUAUCCCCCCAAUCCCUGCAAAACAAAACUUGAAAGUCUUUAGUAAAGCCUUAACUAACUCAAGUGCAAACUAUCUUCUUCCAACAGAUAUAGGACGUUCCUUGGAGUUAUCACUUUCAAAAUUAAAUGGUCCUUCAAAUUCUCCAGACGAUAAAUUUAUACGACGCAGAGUCAAAAUAUUGACAAGUUUUUUGAAUCUUCUAUCUGAUAACGAUGAAAUCAUGAAUACAUCAAUUCUAGUCGAGUUUUUGAAUCCUAAUGCCCCCUGUUGGAACGAUUUUAUUACAAAUUCACCAACUUUUUCCACUUUACCCAAAAAUAUCCUACAAUGUAAUCCAUUGGAUCCAACUAAUACAACAAGAAUCCAUGCUUCUUUACCUAUUCCAUCUUCUUCAUCCAUACAACAUUUAAAAGUCAACAACAACAACAAUGGUAAUGCUGAUACAUCGUCUAAUUCAAAUAAUGAUCUACAAAAUAAUUCAAACGCUACAAUAUUAAAAUCCGAUCAAUCCGAAAAUAUUAUUGAAUCCUUUGGUGUUAUAGAAAAUAAUUACAAGCUAUAUGAAACUAUCUGUAAUAGUGCAUAUAAAUAUAAUAAAAAAAUUAUGAAAAAUUUUGGAGAUAUGACAAUUGAUUAUAAGGAUCUUUGUCAAGAGUUUUUGAAUUUUUCAAAUAGGGAAUCCCAACAGCUUGAUUUGGCUGAGAUAUUUUUAUAUUUCAGUAGUGCUUUUGACAAGUCUCACAAUAUAACUAAUAAGUUAGUUACAAAAUUCGAUAAUACAAUAAUUGAUAAAUUAAAUGAAAUCACCUAUAUGGCCUCCUCUGUAAAAGAAUUGAUUAAAUUCCAACGACUAAAAUAUGCUCAAAGGGAGAUGAUCAAAAAAACUUUACAAAAUAAACAAAAUCAACUAAAUAAAUUGCAAAUAGGCAAAGACGAAUUCAAAUCUAUUGAUAAAAUCAUUGAUCAAGAGAUGGGGAAAAGUCAUCAAAUAUCCUUCGAAAGACCUCAACGUUUACCAGAUGAUAAAGAUACCAGUUACACUGGAAGGUUAUUCAAAGGAUUUAAUAAAUUGGCUAAUAUGGUCAGGGAAUCUGUAAUAAAUCAAGAUAUUGAUCCUGAUCUUCUAAUGGAUUCUUUAAAUAAAGAAAUUGAAGAACUAAAAGAAAUAUGUUUCGUAAUUAAUAAUGAUCUUAUAUUCAUUUCUAAAGAGAUUAAAGAAAAACAGUUAUCAAUAUUUUCUCAAAUACGUCAAGAUCAAUGGUCUUUAAUAAUGAAAAUAUGUGCUAAAGCUUUUAAGGAGUAUGCAGAAAGAAAUCUAAAAGUUUGGAAAGAACUUAAAUCAAAUUAUGAAAUCGAAGAGAAAUCUCCAAAAAUGGCCUCUGAAAAUAGGUAA